UGGGAAGAAUGUCCCUUACAUUGGGGGUCAGUGGGAAGAAUGUCCCUUACAUUGGUGGUCAGUGGGAAGAAUGUCCCUUACAUUGGGGGUCAGUGGGAAGAAUGUCCCUUACAUUGGUGGUCAGUGGGAAGAAUGUCCCUUACAUUGGGGUCAGUGGGAAGAAUGCCCCUUACAUUGGGGGUCAGUGGGAAGAAUGUCCCUUACAUUGGUGAUCAGUGGGAAGAAUGUCCCUUACAUUGGGGGUCAGUGGGAAGAAUGUCCCUUACAUUGGGGGUCAUUGAGAAGAAUGUCCCUUACAUUGGGGAUCAGUGGGAAGAAUGUCCCUUACAUUGGUGGUCAGUGGGAAGAAUGUCCCUUACAUUGGGGAUCAGUGGGAAGAAUGUCCCUUACAUUGGUUGUCAGUGGGAAGAAUGUCCCUUACAUUGGGGGUCAGUGGGAAGAAUGUCCCUUACAUUGGGGGUCAGUGGGAAGAAUGUCCCUUACAUUGGUGGUCAGUGGGAAGUAUGUCCCUUACAGAUGACUAAAAAGAUCAUUGGUGUCAGUGGG